GUUGCAUGUACCAGAGUGAAAGUAGCAGACCCUCGCAGGUUAAUGUGUGAGAGAUGGUAUAGGGAGACCUAUAUAGACUGAACCUACAUUUCUGAGCGCUUUAUGAAUAUUCAAUGAGCUCUGGGCUGGGCGGGGUUCGUGGACCAAUCAGCUGCUCGGGCGAGUCUCCGCAGUUCUCUGUAUUGGAAUAGAGAAGGCGAGCGGAGCUGAUACCCAUCAGCAGAUCCGUGCAGCAUCCGCGCAUCAGUACAUCUUCUCUGCCUUUAGAAGAAAGAAGAAAGGACAGCAAAUAUGCCCGCGUCGGCUCAGUCUCGAAUCGGGACUCAGAUGCUCUUCCAAAGUUUCGUGGUCGACACAGGUUUGCAGUUUCGUGCUCCGCUGGGGUGUAUAGAAUGAAGGAUUUGGAGAGCAGGAAAGGCGCGCAGAGAUGUCGUUGCCCUUGUUGAAGAUCGGGGUUGUGCUCAGCACCAUGGCCAUGAUCACUAACUGGAUGUCGCAGACUCUGCCCUCACUGGUGGGCCUCAACGCCACCAGGCUGAUGGCGGCUGCGCCUGCGGGAGCGGACCGUAGCACGGCUGUGCUUCCUGCAAACCCAGAGGAGUCGUGGCAGGUGUACAGCUCAGCGCAGGACAGUGAAGGCAGGUGUGUGUGCACCGUGGUGGCUCCGCAGCAGACCAUGUGCUCACGGGAUGCCAGGACCAAGCAACUGAGACAGCUCCUUGAAAAAGUACAGAACAUGACUCAGUCUAUCCAGACCUUGGAUGAGAGGACACAGAAGGACCUGCAGUAUGUUCACAGGAUGGAGGUGCAGCUACGUGGCCUGGAGACUAAAUUCAAACAGGUUGAGGAAAACCACAAGCAGAAUAUCGCUAAGCAAUACAAGGCCAUAAAAGCGAAAAUGGAGGAACUUAGGCCAAUGAUACCAGUGUUGGAGGAAUACAAGGCCGAUGCAAAAUUGGUAAUGCAGUUUAAAGAGGAGGUCAAGAAUCUGACGUCAGUGCUAAGCGAGCUGCAGGAGGAGAUCGGAGCCUUUGACUACGAGGAGCUCCACCACAGGGUGUCAAAUCUUGAGGAGAGGCUCCGUGCAUGCAUGCAAAAAUUAGCUUGUGGAAAGCUCACAGGAAUAAGUGACCCUGUCACUAUUAAGGCAUCCGGAUCAAGAUAUGGAUCGUGGAUGACUGAUCCUCUUGCCACUGACGGUGAUACGAGGGUCUAUUACAUGGAUGGCUACCACAACAACCGUUUUGUACGUGAGUACCCGUCCAUGGCAGACUUCAUGAACACAGAUAACUUUACCUCUCAUCGGCUCCCUCACCCUUGGUCUGGCACUGGUCAGGUGGUCUACAAUGGCUCAAUAUAUUUCAACAAGUUCCAGAGCCACACUAUUAUUAAGUUUGAUUUUAAGACCUCAUCGAUCAGUAGGUCCAGCCAGCUGGAUAAUGCUGGAUUCAACAAUCGAUACCACUACUCAUGGGGUGGCCAUUCUGAUAUUGAUCUGAUGGUGGAUGAAGGAGGGCUUUGGGCAGUGUAUGCCACCAAUCAGAAUGCAGGAAACAUUGUAAUCAGCAAGCUCAACCCAAUAACACUGCAGGUAAUCAAGAGCUGGACCACCAAUCAUCCAAAAAGGAGUGCUGGGGAAGCUUUUAUGAUCUGUGGAACUCUUUAUGUUACAAACGGCUACUCUGGAGGAACAAAGGUCUACUAUGCCUUUCACACUAACUCCUCCACCUACGAGUACAUUGACAUCCCUUUCCAGAACAAGUAUUCUCACAUUUCAAUGUUGGACUACAACCCCAAGGACAGAGCACUCUAUGCUUGGAACAAUGGGCAUCAAGUGAUGUACAAUGUAACCCUGUUCCACCUUAUCCGCUCUGAGUAGCUGUAAGUCCUAAUACGGUGACAUUCUUAAUGUAGAUCUGAUGGUGUUUUGAAACAAUAGAAUAAUCAGUGACUGUUCAAUAAAAGACGUCAAAAUAUAUUCAAAGUAAUAUUAGGCAGUGUUGCCAAAAAGUUAUGCCUUUCUUUUUUAAGAUUUAGAUGUUAAACUCACUCUUUCAUUAAAUGAUUGUGUUCUGAAUUUUGUAUCACAAAGUACUUGUACAGCUUUGUCUAUUAAAAUGAUAUAAACCCAUCUGACAGUCAAGUAUAAUGCAGAAAGGAAGACAUUACUAUUUAUUUACCUAAUCAUACCCUUUGUAUCAUGAGCAAUCAAUAAUCUUUAAAUACCAACUAAAGAUAUAAAGGCAUUGACUGUUGGAGGCACUCUGUUAUGGUAAAAAAUGUAUUUUGUGAUUGUAUGUAGCGUUUUACUCAGAGUUUGCAUGAAUAUUUGAUAGCACUGAGGUUCAUCUUCAGAUGUAUGUAUUUCUCAGUAAUAUGGCACCUGUAUAUGAAAAGGACAGUAGAUUAGCAAUGGGUUCAUGCUUUUUUAUUUUUUUUGCUGUACUUUAUUUUCCACUUUCUUUCUUUACAUUAACCCUACCGUGCAUCUGAAGUUUUGUGUUUAUAGAAACUGAAUUGGUGGUUUAAUUGUAACUAAAAAGACUUUAUCAAACCAUAUUCGUCAGCAAAAAUAGUAUGAUAGAAUGUAUUAAAAGCGUAUUUAUGAGAUAGCAGUCAUUUCUUUGAUUGUAUUUUAAAACUUCACCUAUCGACUGUCUUCGUAGUUUAGAAUCUUUUCAUGGUGGCAUUCAAAACUGUUACGCUUGCAUAUGUGUCGUGUCUGCAGUGUGAUUGAUAUCAAUAAAACCAAUCUUUAUUUUA